UGACGUACUUGUCACGUGACUGGAAAAAUAUUUCUUCCGUGAAGGGCUAGUUAAAAAGCGACAUACGUGAGCGAAUUUCCACUUUAACUGAGUUAUUAUUGGAUAUUAUUUCUCCCAUUUAAAGACGCUCUGUCAUGUCAACAAAAGUGGAGUCGAGGAGGAGUGACUCCAGCUCCAAAACAGACGAAAGAAGGAGAUCCAGGAGCAGAGGACGAGAAAAAAGGAAGUGGAAACGCAGCCGCAGUAGAUCCUUCUCAUCAUCCUCUUCUAGCUCGUCUUCAUCUUCAUUAUCGUCAUCUUCAUCAAGAUCAUCUUCCUCAUCCAGCCAAAGUCGGAGCAGCUCGAGCAGUAGUGACUCUCACAGUAAAUCACGAAAACAGUCAAAGAAGAGGAAAAAAGAGAAGCACCACAAAAAAAAAGGGAAGAAAGAGAAGAAACAUAAAUGUAAAAAGGACAAGAAACGGGUGAAAGGAGAAGACAACUCAGGACCUGUGCAGAUCUCCAAGUAUCUGAAGGAGAGAAAGAAAGAUGGCAAGUACAGCAUGAUCUCAGGGAAGAAAAUAAAGAUGAAAGUCAAGAAGUCAAAGGAGGAUAAAAAGCGAGAUAAAAAUCGUGCAGAGCUUCUAGACUUCCUCAACUCUACCCUGUGAUGCUGGAGUGGACAGCGGCCAUCUCCCGACUCUGACGUCAGCAGAACUCGGGAAGCAACACGUCAGCUUUCGCGGAGGAUGAUUACAAAGUGUUUUCUGAUGAAGGAACGACAAGUGUGUCUUGUCGUCACAGCUGGGCGGCACUGAGCUGCAUGUAGCGGAGUGAAACACCACAUGUUCGAACUACGGGUGUAAUGAUGCAGUCUGCUCAUGGUGCGAGACACUGUACGGAACUCGCACAUCCCACAUAACAUGUUGUUACACCCCUAGUGCAGAUCAUGACGUUUCACUAUGCUGCUGUCAGGUGGCCGGUUCAUCAAACGCCUGUUGAUUCGCCUGAUUGUUCACAUUGGACAGUGUCAUCUGAAAUUUUAUGCUGUGGCCAACAGCACAAAGUCUUUGCUGCAAAC